CGAGGGGCUACACUAUUAAAAGUAUAAUAAAAGUUACCAAGACACAAACGCAGCGUACGGUACUAUUUGUUUGGAGGGAGGUUGAAGGCACUCAUACAAGCGAGGGAGAGGCUGUGUUGGCGCGGGCCGGGGCCGCCAGUUUACCGUUGUGAGGCGCGUCGUGCGGCCGGACGCAGGACCGCCACAGUCGCGCGCCGCCGGCACCCCGACCCGGAGACCCGGCCACUCAUACUGCCCCGCAGAACCACCCUGGACCUCGACCACUUGUAACCAACCCCCAACUGCACUCUUUGUGUCAAUAGACUUAUAUAUUUUGGGGCCCGGUUGUCUACAGUAGAGACCAAGUGUUAUGAACUCGUGCUGAUGUCACUGGAGUGUUAACCCGAAUUUAGAUUGUGGCUUGGAUCGUUUUGACCGUCAAGUAAAGAUUGCACCACACCUUCGCACGAAAUACUGGAAUCAUGGCAAACACUACCGAGUUCUUCACCGCCGCCACUGAGAGCCGUGUGUACUGAGUCGUUGCUAGGCAAGGCUUAGGCUCGAGUAAAUAAUGGGAAAAAGGAAUGUACGGAUCAAGUUCGCACACUCCAUUGGUCCACCCAUUACGUUGAGCAAGUUGGACAAGCUCGAGUAGCCGCGCGCCGCUCCCGAACCGCACACUGCACUUUCAGUUACCGACGCACUAGCGACUGCCAAUAAAGUACAAGUCAUACCUGGUUAGAAUUCACAUACAUAUUUAAAAGUAGAUUUAUUUAUUGUAGUACAAAGACAAACCUGAACAAUCAAGGUGUUAUACAUGCAACAAACCUGUGAACAGACGACUGCCGAGUCGUCUCCCUCGGUUACAGUAAUCGAAUCGGUAGUCAUGACGGCCACUGCCCCAGAAUUGUCAAAAUCAGAUUUUUUUGACUUCGUGACAUCGAACGAAGUUACAGACGCCCAGUAUAAACAACAGAUGCGUUCGGUGAACGUGUUUAUGGAAUCACCUGACUCCCGCUCUAACCCGUUGCUGUCGGAGGAACCCAAGGAGCAGAACAACAACAGCCUGCUGGCGGUAACGAGUGCGCCUUCGCCGGCGCCCGCAGCCGCCAUGCCUGCAGCCUCUACCACGCUGCAGAGCUUCGACUCCAUCUGGAAUGUAGAUCGCGACCGGGACCGCCUCGAGACCGCGAUGCUAGAGGAUCUCAACAAAUACUACUGGAACCAGGACAGCGAGAUAAACAGCGCGCACCCAUGUACUGACACCGCUAUUUCUAAUAAACUUAUCAGUAACAAUACGGAUGGACAAAUAUACACACUAACAGUACUCAACCAAGAUAUACAUGAAUCAAGUACCAACAGGUAUUGGACCAAGGAAGAAGACGUUUCUAUGUCCAGCCCUACCGAUAUAGAUAAUAACUCCUCCUUAGAUCUUGAAUCCAUACUAAAUAUGAACGGAUUUCCAAAUGAUUUCAAUCAAGAUUCUUUGAGUUCUAAUGUGCUUCCGAAAGUUGAAAGCUAUAGCUACGAAGAAAGUGAAACGGAAAGUCAGAACCCAGAUUUAGGCUCAAGUGAUCUAGUUAAAGUGGAACCCUUUAGUUAUGAAGACAACGAUUUUCAGUCUAACGAUAAAAGGGACGACUCUCGUAGUUCUGUAAUUGGCACACCUCUAUUAGAAAGUUCUGUUGAAUUUAACAAUAAUAACAAUGAUUGGAAGCUAACCGAUCAAAAUACCGACACAAAUGAAUCUCUAUUAAGAAGUGCAUUACAGGGAAAAGCUUUCAUUAGAUAUAGUACGGUACAAAAGAAACUGGACGCAACAACAGAAUUGAAAAGAGUUAUUAUUAACAACAAUAAUAAAUCCGACGUUCCUUCCAUGUACCACGACAGCAAAGAAGGCGACACCGAGCUGUUGAUCCACACACCAACAGGGAACGUCAACAUUUCCAUCUUACUAGAAGAUCCUAAUACAGCAGUGAUCACGAACGGUGACAACCCGACGUCGACGCAAAGUGUGGAUGACAUUAUAUUGUCACAACUGGAUGCCAAUUACCCAGAAGACUAUGAAAAGUUAAAAAGGAUAGCGACGGAGCUAGGUGAGUCUGUGCAGCCGUUCUGCACGGUAGAGCCGUUAGAACCGGCACGUGGGGUUUACAACAUCCACCACGUUAACGGAGAAAUUGUGACCAUGAUCCCCGCGGGCGAGGUGCAGCUGCCGCACAUGCAGCUGGUAACGGCUUCGCCCACCGUCACCAGCACCAAGACGGUCAGCAAGAAGUAUAAACGUAUAGCAAACAAGAGCUCGCCGCCCGCGGCACAGCCGCAAACAGGUACGGCCAUCCAGCCCGCCACAUCCACUUCAAACGGCGUGCGCAAAGAGCGGUCGUUGCACUACUGCUCCAUCUGCUCAAAGGGCUUCAAGGACAAAUACUCUGUAAAUGUGCAUGUACGCACGCACACGGGCGAGAAGCCCUUCUCGUGCUCGCUGUGUGGUAAGAGCUUCCGUCAGAAGGCGCAUCUCGCAAAGCAUUACCAGACACACAUCGCGCAGAAGAGUGCCGCGGCCAACGGCCAGCCAAAGCCCGCCAAGCAGCGGUAACCGCCCUCAUAUUAUUGCUACACUAAUCGUACAUCGAUCUUUUACGUUAAUAGUCAAUAGAACUUUGUCACAGUGAUAACAAUAGUAUUUUUAAGCAAAUACCUAAAGGCUGAAACAUCACAGAUGAAUUUGGUAAGGUGCUAAAGUAAAGUAGUAAUUAUCUCAAAGAAUGGCAGUUAUAAAAUAUUGAAGAUAUAUGAAGGAAGUCCACAGCCUUCAUUUUUGUUAAUUUGUGUGUAUUUCCGUCCGUUACCGAACAUACGUCUAGCUUUAGCUAAGGACAGGUACUAUUAAGUUUAAUUAUGAGAUUAUCAUAAAAUCUAAGUACAUUCCGUAUUUAUUAGUCAUAUAGCUACAUUUAUUUUAAUUUAACGUUAAAGUCAUACGUAAGUAUGUUUGUAAUGUUUGCACACAGUUUG